ACCUCAGUUCUGCCUGUGCAAGUAAGGAAUAUUGUAACAAAUAAAGUAAAAAAUGAAAAAAGCGCCUUUGCCGCCAAAACCAACGACUUCUUGUAACUAGUCUCCGUAUCUAACUAAAUAAAUCGAACUGCCGAAGAGGCCCCCUGCCGAGUGCUGACAGCUGGACUGUAUUUGCAACUGCAAAGGCAGCGACUUGUUGCUUAUAGAGUGCGCACUUCAAUCUCUCUUUCUUCACUCAAGUAUACGAUCUUGCAUUUUCCUGAAAAAUAAAUGACAGAAAGUUCCAAGGCACGGGAGCACGAAUUAAGUGAUGUCAAGCUCUCGCUGUGCAAAUCACAUUUUCCUGGAAAAUCAUCGGCGGACAGUUUUAGGAUGGAACAUGAAUUAAUUGAUGUCAAGCCCACACUCCCCAAAUUGCCUGAUGAAAUAACCGAUGAUCGCCAAGAAUGGAGGAUUCCCUUUUUCAAAUCUGGCUCUCGGCGCAGAGGCGACACUUGGAUGGUUUCAGUCUUCGUAAUCUUGCACGCUGGGGUUUUCAUAGCCACCAUGCUCGUCAAUGACUGCUGGACUAACUCUCACGGUGAUUGCAUUCUCAAAGACCUCGGAAGAUUAUCGUUUCAGCCUCUUUCUGAGAAUCCCUUGCUUGGUCCUUCCGAGUCCAAGUUAGAUGAAAUGGGAGCCCUUCGACGAACCUUCUUGACAGAAUAUCGACAAACUUGGCGUCUUUUCACAUUUCCAGUCUUGCAUGCUGGAGCCAUCCACCUUGUCAUCAAUAUCUGCAGUAUGAUUCUUGUGGGAAUUCACCUAGAGCAGGAGUUUGGACCACUGAGGAUUGGGAUAAUCUAUAUACUGUCUUCAUUCGUGGGUUCCUUGGUGGCUUCUCUUUUUAUCCAAAACAUUCCAGCUGUUGGUGCCUCCGGUGCUUUGUAUGGAUUAUUAGGAUCCAUGCUUUCAACGCUUAUUUGGAACUGGAAAUAUUUCACCAAUAAGAUUGCAGUUAGUGCACUGUUAGUCUGUGUGUUUGUGUUCAAUUUCGCCCUCGGCUUGCUGCCUUACGUAGACAACUUUUCAAGCACAGGGGGUUUUAUAUCUGGGUUUCUUCUUGGAUCUGCACUUUUAGUCAGCCCUCAGCUAGCUCCAAAUAAAGGAGGUCUCAUUGAUUAUGGUCUCAAAAGUUACACUAAGCUAAAACUGAAGCAAAAUCUGGAUAGACCAAUAAUGAGAAUUGUUUCUCUCGUUCUCCUUAGCCUAAUAGUUGCAGGUUGUGUUGUAGCAAUUCAUUUUGGUAUAAACAUCAGUGACUAUUGCGAGGGGUGCCGAUAUUUUGACUGUGUUCCUUCUAGGUGGCAUUGCCAAAACAUAGAAACUUCUUGCGAGACUAUGAUGAACGAUGCACAGUUGACAUUGACUUGCAUGAGGAAUGGCAACUUCAGGAUAUUUCCUUAUACCAAUAUUUCUAGGGCAAGAAAGAAUGAUCUGUGCACUCUGAUAUGCUUAUAAGGCUAUUUGUACCAUAUGAUACUCUUUGGUCCCAUAUAUACCGUACCGGUAAUAGGUGGACAGUUGACGGCAUCAGUUGAGCCCCGAGGGAACUUGCACUAGUUUGAUGUAACAAUUUGCUGCACCUGUCUUCUUGAACACGAAUACCACAUGAACAUGAAGUCUUUUCAUGCUUAUUGUAAGUUGAAGUUGGAAGAAAUAAACUCGCUUCAUUUCUUUCUAAUCGGGAAUCCUAAUGUCAUUCAGAUCAUUGAUUGCAGUAAUGAAAUU